AUGAAGCCUUUCGAUAAGCCUACGAAACUGAAAGGAUCUGAAACAGAAACGAUUAUUGCUUUAUUUACAUCUUAUCCAACUGUUCCAACUGUUCAAGGGGAAUCGAGAAUUCAAUUCAAGGAAGAAGAGCAAGUGAGAACUUCGAUAACAACAUUCAUUCAUUCAUCCAUUCAUCAUUUAGACACCUCCGUAAUAAAGUCGAAAGAAAAAUUCUACUACAAGAUUUUUGAGCUUCUUCUCAUCAUCAAUAAUAAUAUCAUCGGAAAGUAA